AUGAAGAACCAGUCAAGACAGAUAGAGUUCAUUCUCCUGGGACUGACAGAUGACCCACUCCUGCAAAUUAUGAUUUUUUUAUUCCUCUUUUUCAACUAUAUUUUGAGUGUUAUGGGGAACUUAUCCAUCAUCCUCCUUACCCUGCUGGAUCCUCACCUCAAGACUCCAAUGUAUUUCUUUCUCCGAAAUUUCUCCUUCUUGGAAAUCUCAUUGACCACAGUGUGUAUUCCUAGAUUCCUGACAAGCAUUGCGACUAAAAACAAAGUCAUUUCCUACAAUGGUUGUGCAUCUCAAUUAUUCUUUUUUCUCUUGUUAGGAGUUACAGAGUUUUACCUUCUGGCUGCCAUGUCUUAUGACCGUUACGUAGCCAUCUGUAAACCUCUGCAUUACUCCACCAUUAUGAGCAGCAAAGUGUGUUAUUAUCUUGUAGUCAGUUCAUGGACAGCUGGCUUUCUGAUUACCUUUCCACCACUGGUCAUGGGACUGAAACUGGAAUUCUGUGCUUCCAAAGUAAUUGAUCAUUUCCUGUGUGACACUUCUCCUAUCUUGCAGAUUUCUUGCACAGACACUCACUUCCUGGAACUGAUUUCAUUUGUUUCAGCAGUUGUAACACUUAUGAUAACAUUUCUUUUAGUGAUUCUUUCCUAUACAUACAUAAUCAAGACUAUUCUAAAAAUGUCUUCUGCUCAGAAGAGAACAAAAGCUUUUUCCACUUGUUCUUCCCACAUGAUUGUAGUCUCUCUUACUUAUGGUAGCUGUAUCUUCAUUUACAUGAAGCCAUCAGCAAAAGACAGAGUGACUUUAUCCAAAGGUGUAGCUGUUAUCUAUACCUCAGUUGCACCUUUAUUAAAUCCCUUUAUUUACAGUCUAAAGAACCAGCAAGUGAAACAAGCUUUCAAGGAUACACUCAAAAAG